AUAUUCCCAUCUCUCCUCCCUGUUUUUUGUUUUUCAUAUUGCCCACUAUAUAUCACUUCUUUGGCUCUUUUCUCUAUCUCUUUCCAACUGAUCAUACUCAAAAAGACAUAUCCAUACAUAUCUCCCUCUCUUUCUACAUAUCAUAGAAUUUACGUUGAUAUAUAUUUGGAUUUAACAAUGGAAAUGAGUCAUUAUGUGGGGAUUUUAUUGGGAGUAAUGUUCUUAUUGAAAUGGGCAGUGAUGAAUGUGAAUAUUUGGAUUUAUGAGAGAAAUUUGGGAAAGAAGAAGAGGGAGUGUUUGCCACCAGGUGAUUUUGGUUGGCCUUUUGUCGGAAAUAUGUGGUCUUUCCUUCGAGCUUUCAAGUCUAAUGAUCCUAAUACCUUCGUCUCCAAUAUUGUUGAAAGGUAUGGGCCGGGUGGUGUUUACAAGUCAUUCAUGUUUGGUAAUCCUAGCAUAAUCGUGACUGUCCCUGAAGCAUGUCGUAAAGUUUUGUUCGACGAUGGCGCUUUCAAGCCAGGGUGGCCGAUUUCCACAAUUGAACUCAUUGGGAGGAAAUCGUUUGUUGCCAUUUCUUAUGAAGAUCACAAAAGGCUUCGUAAGUUGACUGCAUCACCAGUCAACGGUCACGAAGCCUUGUCAACAUACAUGCAGUAUAUUGAGACCAAUGUGGUCUCAACAUUAGAAAAAUGGUCAAAUAUGGGUCGAAUUCAGUUCCUAACGGAACUCAGAAGGCUAACUUUUCGGAUUAUAAUGCAUAUUUUUUUAAGCACAGAAAGUGAAGAUGUAAUAGAAGCAUUGGAGAAAGAGUACACCACUCUUAACUAUGGUGUUAGAGCUAUGGCAAUUAAUAUACCCGGUUUUGUUUACUAUAAAGCACUUAAGGCACGGAAAAAUCUUGUGGCGAUUUUGCAAGCAGUAGUAAGCAGACGUAGGAAGCAACGAGAGGCGACUCAAGGUAUGUCCAAAAAGGACAUGCUUGAUGCUCUCUUAGACACUUCAGACGAGAAAGGAAGAAAACUAGACGACGAGGAGAUCAUCGAUACUUUAGUCAUGUACCUAAAUGCAGGCCAUGAAUCUUCAGGGCACAUCACAAUGUGGGCAACUAUCUUCCUCCAAUCACACCCUGAAAUUUUCCAAAAAGCCAAGGAAGAACAAGAAAAAAUUGUGAAGAAUAUGCCGUGGGGACAAAACGGUUUGACUCUAAAAGAGUUUAGGCAGAUGGAGUAUCUCUCAAAGGUGAUUGAUGAAACACUUCGAAUAGUGACAUUUUCUUCCAUGACCUUCCGAGAAGCCAAGAAAGACGUCGAUGUUAAUGGUUACUUCAUUCCCAAAGGAUGGAAAGUGUUAAUUAUGUUUAGAAGUGUUCACCAUAAUCCUGAAAUUUAUCCUCAACCAAAUAAAUUUGAUCCGUCAAGAUGGGAUGAUCUUGUUCCAAAACCCGGAACCUUCCUUCCUUUUGGAGCUGGAAGUAGACUUUGCCCAGGAAAUGACCUUGCCAAGCUUGAGAUUGCUAUCUUCCUUCACCAUUUUCUUCUUAAUUAUAAGCUUGAGAGGGAGAAUCCAGGAUGCCGAGUGAUGUACUUACCUCAUACAAGGCCUAAAGACAAUUGUUUAGGUAGAAUAAUAAAGCUUCCAAAUUAAUUAAGGGAGAAUAGACUCAGAAUUUGAAUAAUGGUUAGAAAUAUUUUAUGUUUUAUUUCCGGUUUAAAAUGUUGCCUUUUGCAAUGGAACUUAGCAUUUUUUAGUUA